AGCUGUCUCUCUCUCCUCGACUAUCAUAGAUUCUACCGGUUCGAGAUGACCCAAAGAUUGGAAGCGGAAGGGAGCAAGACGUGGAGCUAUAAGUGGGAUGACAAAUCUGAUCAUGAUGAUGUAACAAAGAUCUAUGUAAAUUAUUCUCCUAAUGGCAUAGAGUCCAUUCGUUUCGACUAUGUCAAAAGUGGAAAACCAACUGAUGGACCCUUCCAUGGUCAAUCGUUUGAUACUUACACGCACACGUUUGAGAUUAACCAUCUAAAACGUGAACAUCUUGAAUCUGUUGAGGGCUACUACACAGAGGACAAAGGGAUUCAAGCACUUCGAUUCAAAACCAACUUGCGGAUUUCUAAACCGAUUGGAUAUCAUGACAGGUGUACCAAGUUUAUACUAGCAGUAGAGGGAAAAAAAAUCGUUGGGUUUCACGGAUCAAUUAAUGAUUGGAGGGUGUACUCUCUAGGAGCAUACUUCACUUGGACUACUCCUACUAGAAUAGAAGCGAUAGGGGGCAAGGUAGGCACAAAGUGGGAUGAUGGAGUUAACCAGGCCGGUAUUACAAAGAUACAUGUACGAAGUGGUCAAAAAGACAUACAAUUCAUUAAGUUUGAGUACAUUGACAAGGAUGGGAAUCUGAGAGAUGGUCCAAUCCAUGGUUCUAUCUAUAGAAGAGGUUCCCCACACGUGUUUGAGAUUAAACAUGACGAAGAAUAUCUGGUGUCUGUUGAGGGUUACUACGAAGGCGAUGACGAAUGUGGGGUCAUUCAAGCACUUCAAUUUAGGACUAACAUCAAGACUUCCGAACUUAUGGGAUCCAACACUGGUAAGAAGUUUAGACUUGUAGCCAGUGGAAUGAAGAUUGUUGGGUUUCAUGGAUAUGCUGAGAAGAAUCUAAACUCUCUUGGAGCAUAUUUCACACUGCUUACUCCAACAAAGUUGGAAUGCCACGGUACUGCUAAUGAAAGCACCUUUUGGGAUGAUGGUGCUUUUGAGGGUAUUAGAAAGGUGUCUGUUUUAUGGGCAUCAAAUCGUAUAAGCUGUCUCAGGAUUAACUAUGAAAACACUGGCAAAGUUGAAAAGCGUGACAAUGGAGUGAACUUCAAUAAAAAAGAAGAAGAGUUUGUUGUUGACUUUCCAAAUGAAUUUAUCACGUCUGUGAUGGGGACCAUGAAUUCUAGUCAAGUUACGACCUUGAUUUUCAAAACAUCAAAAGGGAGAACCUCUCAUAUGUCUGGAUGCCAUACUUCUGAUUCAGUUGAAUUUGUUCUCGAGAGAAAAGGUUGUGCUAUUGUCGGAUUUCAUGGAUGGUAUAAGCCUGGGAUGUAUAUUACGGCGCUUGGUGCAUAUUCUUUUCCGAUGCCUGUUGCCCCUACUGCGGAAAAGCUAGAAGCGCAAGGUUGUGCUGGAGGAGCUCCUUGGGACGAUGGCAGUCAUUUCGAAGGUGUUAGAAAGAUAUACAUUGGGACAGGUGAGGAUGGUAUCGUUUCCGUCAAGUUUCUGUAUGAAAAUGACACUCACGAGAUAGUAGUGGGAGAUGAUCAUGGGAACAAGAACCUACUUCGACAUGAAGAGUUCGAGCUAGACUACCCGUGGGAAUACCUCACAUCAGUGGAAGGUAGUUAUGAUGUAGUACCUGGAAGUGAAGAAUUUGAAGUUAUAAUCAUGCUCAAGUUCAUCACAAACAAGCGAAAUUCUACACGUUAUGGACUCGAGGAUGGCCCAAGAUUUGUGCUCCACAAGGAAGGUCACAAGAUCGUUGGGUUCCAUGGAAAAUCAAGUACCAUGCUUCAUCAACUUGGGAUCCACGUGCUCCCAAUCACCCACAAUUGAUCAUAUUUAUAUGACUUAUAAACGAAUCAUUAUCCUCCUCUGUUUUCAACAACUUUGAUUCGUCUUUCCUUUGUUUUUAUUUCCUCAGUUUUGAUAUUUUAUCUUUUUUUUCUUCUCUGUUUCUUAUGAACUUUUGGAUGAUUUCUCUGUUUAAUAAAGUGUAUGGAGUUGG